UACUUAAAUGUUCACCUCGUGGUUACUCUUCUACCAAUUUCGGGAUAUGAAUAAAUAAAUUGUAUUACAACAUGUUGAACGUUUAAAAAGAUUAAAUAUUAUUGUGACUGUAUUUAUAAUUUUAUUUAUUUAUUUUUAUUGUAUUAUUCAACUGAAGCAAUUUACAAUCUCCCAAAGUUUUGCUGUUUAAUUUCAUUAGUUUUUAACUGCUUCGCAAUGAAGGAGAUUGUUGUUGGUUUCUCACACUCUGGUAAAUAUUAUGCUGAAGUCAACCUCAAUGGUAAGUUAAAUGUGUGGGACACUAAUGCAGGUGAUUUGCGACAUGAGUAUUCUCCAAGUAGUCAUUUAAAUACAGCUAUCUCGUGUGUUAAAUGGAUCCAAUUUGAAAAUACAGAUGUUUUGUGUAUUGGCACUCAAAAAGGUCUUAUUGAAUUUUUUAAUGUUGUCAGUGGAAGCAUUAUGUCCAAAAUUAAUUCACGUUCAAAGAGUAUUAAAAGUUUUCAUUGGAUAGGGCAGUAUUUGUAUGUAGGUACUGAUGAUGGUACUGUCAGUAAAUACAAUUUAAAAACCAACACCGUUGAAACAAAAAAAAUAUUAAGUAGGAUGUCAACUAUAGCUAUAACAACUAGUAGUAAAGUAUUGACAGCUUCUAGAGAAAUAAAAUUAUGGAAUUAUCCAUCUGGUGAACUAGUUCAUAAAUUUAUCGGCCAUAAAAAUGAAAUAUUUUUACUACAUAUAAUAGAGGCUGAUAAAUGUUAUCUUUUGAGUUCUGCCAGAGAUCGAUUUAUUAACAUUUGGUCUUUAAGUGAUCUUAAAUCAGAACCUCUAGCUACUUUAAUUGCUGAAGAUAAUAUUUCUUCUGUAUAUGUUUAUAGUAAUAGAAAUAAUAUUACAGUGACUGUAACUACAGAAAGUGGUUCACUACAUGUAUAUCAACAUGUGUUGAAUGGUUGUGUAUCAUAUCCUUUGAAACCUCAAGGGACUCUACAGAUAGCGGCUGAUUGUUCUAAAGAUGAAGAAGCUAAACAAAUGCCUAUUGUAUGUACAAAAAUUUGUGAAUCUAGAGUGUUUAUAGCUUAUGGCACAAGGCCAUUUUUAGCAUUCGAAAAUAUUGAUUUAAAUAAAUUAAACAAAUGUACAUAUUUAGCAAGACAAGAUCCACGAAAGUCAAAAACUUUAAUAGGUGCUCAUAUUAUUCACCCUAAUCUUACAGAAGUAAAGUUUGUGGAACAGAAGAAAAAUAGAUCAUCAAAUUUACCUUUAGAAACAAGACUUCAAAAUAUGUCUGAAGAAAUUAAAAAUACUGUCCAAACUAAAGGAGAAAGCUUGGUUCAUUUAUUAGUGCAAGGUUUACGUAGUAAUGAUAAAAACCUUUUAGAAUCUGCCUUAUUUGUUAAAGAUGAACGAACAAUUAAUAACACAGUGUCUUGCUUACCAUUGCAGUCUGUUAUAAUGCUUGUAAAAAAGUUGAUACGUCUGUCACAGGAUAGAACAUUGAUAAGUUCUGUUAGUGUACUGUGGUUAACAGCUAUUCUACGUAUACAUGCCAGUCUGCUAUUAGCAAAUCCAGAUGUUUUAGAAACAUUUUUACCAUUAGAAAAUGUCCUAGGUACAAGAUUGAGUAAUUUUGAAGAACUAGGUUUGUUAGAUUUCAAGUUAAAAGCAUUACUUGACAGAUUAAGUUUUGACAACAGAGAUAAAGAUGAAGAACAAGAAGCAUUAUUGGUAUAUAAUGACUCAGAUGAUGGUGAUAAAAGGACAACUGAUGAAGAAGAUGCCAUGGACCAAGAUAUAAAUGGUGAUGAGGAUUUUGAUUCUUCAGACUUCAAUGAUGAAGAAAUUGAUGGAGAUUAGUACAUAGAAAUAACAAAUGAUUUAAUAACUUUGUCGAGCUUAAAAUCAUUUGUCAAGUAUGUAAACUUCAGACAGUUCUUGAUGCAUACUAUUUUCUUUACAAAAUGUAAAUUUUUUGUAAAAAUAUUUUUAAAUUUAUUCAUUUUUAAAGAUUUAUAAGUUAUUAUUUAUAAGUCCAAUUUGUUCAUUGUAUUUACUAAA